UAGCGAGGGGAAGAUGGCGGCCGCAACUGUGCUGGUUCCCGCAGAGUGGAUAAAGAACUGGGAGAAAUCAGGGAGAGGCGAAUUUUUACAUUUAUGCCGGAUCCUCAGUGAAAACAAAAGCCACGACAGUUCGACCUAUAGAGAUUUUCAACAAGCUCUCUAUGAGUUGUCAUAUCACGUCAUUAAAGGAAAUUUAAAGCAUGAACAGGCAUCUAGCAUUCUUAAUGACAUUAGUGAAUUUCGUGAGGAUAUGCCUUCUAUUCUUGCUGAUGUAUUCUGCAUAUUAGAUAUUGAGACAAAUUGUUUAGAAGAAAAAAGCAAGAGAGACUAUUUUACACAAUUGGUAUUAGCAUGUUUGUAUUUAGUUUCAGACACAGUUCUGAAGGAACGUUUGGAUCCAGAAACUUUGGAAUCAUUAGGGCUCAUCAAACAGUCACAGCAGUUCAAUCAAAAGUCAGUUAAAAUCAAGACAAAACUCUUUUAUAAGCAGCAAAAAUUCAAUUUAUUAAGAGAAGAGAAUGAAGGUUAUGCCAAACUGAUUGCUGAAUUGGGGCAAGAUUUAUCUGGAAAUAUUACUAGUGAUUUAAUAUUAGAAAAUAUCAAAUCUUUAAUAGGAUGCUUUAAUCUGGAUCCCAAUAGAGUUUUGGAUGUAAUUUUAGAAGUAUUUGAAUGCAGGCCAGAGCACGAUGACUUCUUUAUAUCUUUAUUAGAAUCUUACAUGAGCAUGUGUGAACCGCAAACACUGUGUCAUAUUCUUGGGUUCAAAUUCAAGUUUUAUCAGGUGAGUGAAGAUCACAAGAAAGGGACACUAGAGUCUACCAAGGAAGAGAAGCCCAGGCUGCUAAGGGAGCUCGGAGCUGGUGUAACUCCUGCACUUCCUCUGAGAAUGCGGUUACCUUUCCAGCUGUUCUGCGCAAGGCGUGAAGAGCACCAACCACAAGCUACCUGCUCUCUUCCAACCACCCAAGACACCGAGAGAGCAAGAGAGGCUGCCUUCAACUCUGGCAAAGUAGACAUUUUUGCUGCCAAUGACCCUUACACCAACCUCAACUAUGUGGUCAACAUGUCCCAGUAUGCCUCUACCCACAGCAAGUUCCAUGGGACAUUCAUGGCUGAGAAUGGGAAACUUGUCAUCAAUGGAAAGGCCAUCUCAAUCUUCUAG